GUUUAGUAGGAGUGGCUGAGGAGCUCACAGGCUGCUUUGCAUGAGUCGUGGACUCCCAAGUUAGUGGCUGCAGCUAGAUAUUUCCUGUCUGCCUCACAGACAGCGCUGAGGCGAGGGUGGAGGAGACGAGGAGAGGGAUGGCAGAGAACAGCUCCGAAACGAGCGGCUCCGUUCACCGGAGAUGUUUGGCCCAUUCCCCGGCGGAAAGAAACAUUUCAUCUGGAGUCGGGGCAUCGAAAUGGAUUCGACUAAACGUCGGGGGAACGUAUUUUCUAACAACGAGACAGACGCUGUGUCGAGAUCCAAAAUCAUUUCUGUACAGACUGAGCCAAGCUGACCCCGAGCUCGACUCCGACAAGGACGAAACUGGUGCCUAUCUCAUAGACAGAGACCCUACGUACUUUGGGCCAGUGCUGAACUACUUGAGGCAUGGCAAACUGGUGCUCAACAGGGACCUGGCAGAAGAAGGAGUGUUAGAAGAAGCUGAAUUCUACAACAUCACAUCAUUAAUAAAGCUCAUCAAGGACAAGAUCAGGGAACGUGACUGCAAAACAUCACAGGUUCCGGUGAAGCAUGUGUAUCGGGUGCUGCAGUGCCAGGAGGAGGAGCUGACCCAGAUGGUGUCUACCAUGUCUGACGGCUGGAAGUUUGAACAGCUUGUCAGUAUAGGUUACGGGCGGGCCCACCAGUCAGAGUUUCUGCUGAUUGUGUCAAGGGAGGUGAAGGGAGAGGAGUCUGCUUUGCCAAACAACAGCGGAGAGCUGGUCAGCAUAGGCUCCUCUUACAACUACGGAAACGAAGACCAAGCUGAGUUCCUGUGUGUAGUCUCCAAGGAGCUGCACAAUCAAUCAUACGGGACAAACAGUGAGCCCAGUGAGAAGGCGAAGAGCGAGGACGAAGAGACGGAUUAUGAAAUGAAUGACUCUGAUUAGGGUUGAGCACUUAUGACUCACUGAUUCUUCAGGAAAGGGGUUCUCGGAUGUGAAGAGGACUCAGUAUUAUGAGCUCCAGGUGUUAUGAUGCAAACAUAUCAUCUUUGUGGAAGAACGUUCGGCACAAUGGAGUUUUAAAGAGGGGGGUGUACAUUUAUUUUGUGUUUUCCCUCCACUUGCGUUUUUAUUUCGUGAUGUAAAUAAGUCUGUUUACUGACAAUUUGUGCCUGUAUGUUUAAACUGGACCUUUUUGAAUUAGCCGCAAGAAUUUUUUUUCUAAUUGAAAGUAUGGAAUUGUAAUCUACAAAUGUUUUAUGCUACACAAUGUGGCCGUCAUUGUACGAGGCCAACAAUUCACUCAGGGUCAUCUAUUGAGUUAAUUCUUAUAUCCUCCAACUUAAGGGUCUGGUAAGGGAUCAGUAUGGUCUUUAUAACUCAAGUAUCAAAAUCAUUGUUUAGAUGAACUCAGAUGUUAAGAAGGGAAUUCUGCAUUUAUUUAGUGCAUGUUGAGAUUUAGGCUAUUCAUUAACGUGAAACUUACCCCCAAAGCAAAUGGAUAAAAUGUUUUUCAAAUAGUUCAAACAGUUGACUUUUCAUUUCUGAUCAUGAGGUUUUGACUCCAACAACAUCAUUGCUGUUCCCAGACAGACAUGCAGAAGAAUAAAUAUCGUACUUUUAUGUAUAUUUAUGAAUUUUCUACAAGGCUUUGCCAGUGGGGCAGGUGGAAGCUGAUGUAACUGUUGUGGUUGUGGCUUCCACCUGCCCAACAGAAAAUCUGUGUCACAGGAUAGGGGCAUUAGUUUAUCACUUAUUAAAUGCAGACAUCCAGUCCUUACUAAGCAAGCAGGAAUAUCUGAAACACAAAUUCACUGUGUAGAAUCCCCCCCAUCUGAGAAGUAAAGCUGUGGGUGCUGUUGAAUUACAUGUGGCAUCAUGUUGUAUAUCAUGCAACUCGACAGUCAUUGAAUUCACCUCAUGUUCAUAAAUCUAAAGUUAACUGGCUAAGUUUUUUUUUUUCCAAAUGUGAAAUGUGUUUUACAGUCUUUUUUUUUUUCCAUUUAAUUUUUUAAAAAUAAAAUCAUUGUUGCACAUUGCAAUGAUGUUUUACCUCCUGUCGGGAUAAAAAACCUACAGGAAAAAUGCAUCUUUACUAGAAUCCCACUCACUUCUAUAUUUUCUGUAGUUAGCAGGUUUUUUUUAUUUUUUAUUUUUGAGGGAAUAUCUGAUUUAAAAAAAUUUUUUAGUGUUUUUUUUUUUUUUUUUUCAGCGUGGACGACUUGGGGACUGGAACUGUUUGAAGGUAGUGGUGAAGGAGAUUAUGUUCAUAUCUAGAGAAUUUUGCUUUGAUGUACAUAAUCCAAAUUCAAUAUUAAUAUUUAACUCUUUAAAAACUGCACGUUUUGUACACUGUAUAGAAUACACAACUUCAGGUAGAAGUUGUUUAUACUGGAUCUUUGAAAAUGAAAAAAUCUUGACCAUGUUAAAGUCUGUUUUGCAUUGUUUGUACAGGAUUAGAGAUUUCAGAUUUAGGAUUGAAACAGCUAAUGCAGAAUAUGGUGUCUUUCACUGAGGACAUGCCGGGGACAUGUUUUGAUAACCAAUAACAAAGCUAUACUUGGCUGGCUAUGAAGUUGACUGUUACAUUUAAAAUGUAUUUUUUCCUGCAGUGUAGAUUUCUUCUAAGCAUUUUGAAUUUGUGUAGAUUUCGUACACAGCAUUACAAGCACUACAGUGGAAAUGACACUGUGCACACUGCUUACAAGCCUGUAAUGUUGACGAUGUAAAUACUGCAUUUUAGAACACUUUUUUAAAUAGAUGUUGUUUUGAGGUUUGAUGUGUGGUUUUUGAUAGGUUGGAUAUUUCAUUCACAAUUAAUUGUUUAGUGUUGCCUUUUUCCCCUAAUGACCAAAAUCCAAUGUCUUGUGUAUUGUACACAUCAAUCAGUGUCAGGGAUGAGUAAACUUUUCUUAAUGCUGGCACACUUUGUACAUAUAGAGUUAACGACACAAAAACCUCCAUUUACUCACAUGAACACACAUACACUUGAGUAAAACAAUUUUAUAUUGUCGGGGAAACAAGUAUGGAUGCAUGUUUUGAUAUACAUAUACACAUAUAUAGAUAUAUAUUACACACACACAAGGGCUUUUAAAGUGCAAAAUUUGAGAUCUGCAAAGAGGUUCAUUCAAAGUAGACUGGAUUUCCUGCCAGAGCUAGGCUAUGUUUACAUUUGCUAUAGUAUUCUGAAGCCUUCCAACUAUGUACUGUCUUGCACUCCCUCACACAUGUUGACAUAGCUCUGACUUGUGUGACAUCACCAAUUGUAACUAGUACUCCCCACUCCAUAUAAACUGAUAUUUACUCAAACAUUCUGACUAAUGUUAAGAUACUCCAUCCGUAUAUGACAGCCUUUGUGUGAGCGUUGCAGACAAUCUUUCUUCCUGCCCUUUUGGUGGCAGAGGGGGUCACUUUUAAUAAGGUCAACUUUUACAUUUGUUGGCUUAGAGCAACAGUUUAAGUAGGUUUUCUGAAUCUUUGCAAAGAGGUUUAUUGUCCUGCCUUCCUUUGUUUGAUAUACUCUGGGCUGUAAGUGUUUGAAUCCUCUUACAUUAGCAGCUACGUUACAUAUAAUUCCCUUCACAAACAGGUUGUCUUGUUGAGCAUUUGGCAGUGAUAAUCAUUUCAUGUUACGGACAAACUUAUCAAAUCUGUAGCCUAAUACUUAUAAGUGCCCAGUUGUUUUACAUUCAAGUCAUAAGCCACAGACCACUGUAAUGCAUGGUUGAGGAUGAUCACAGCUGUAAUCAGAGGGAGUGAAUGUGUCAUUUUUUUUCUCAGUCUAACAAUUACAUUGAAGAAUAUGGUUCUCAUAUCACUACAUAGAUCACUUCUUUAUGAUCUUAUGCAAUGUUAAAACUGUACAAACUAACAAUGAGGUUAAGGGUAUAGAUCUAUAUGGUCUUGCAUAAGGUAAACUCAAUAAAAAUGUCAUUAAUA